AAUAAAUUGGGUGCUGUGGCUAGUCAGUCGGAAAUUUGUUCGAAUAUUGGAGGUGAUAUUUUGAAGCAGGGAGGGAAUGCUGCUGAUGCUACUGUUGCUACGGUUUUGUGUGUGGGAGUGAUUGGGAUGCAUCAUAGUGGCAUAGGAGGCGGAGGUUUCAUGCUCAUCCGCGCCCCCAACGGAACCUACUCCUUCAUCGACUUCCGCGAAACCGCACCAGCGGCCGCUUACCAAGAAAUGUACACCAACAACACCGACCCCAGUCUCUACGGCGGCCUCGCCAGCGGCGUGCCCGGCGAACUCCGCGGGCUCCAACACUUGCACGAAAACUACGGAGUUUUACCUUGGUCCAGCGUCGUCCUGCCCGCGGCGCGCGUGGCGCGAGAAGGCUGGAUUAUCGGAGCAGAUUUAGUACGAUAUAUGAAUUCCGCCUCCUACACCAAUGCCUCUGUUGUAGGGAAUUUUUUGGUCGAAGAUCCCAAUUGGGCGAUUGAUUUCGCUCCCAAUGGAACUCGAUUGGGUCUCGGAGAUCGCAUUACACGGAAACGAUAUGCGGCGACUUUGGAAACUAUUGCCGCUCUCGGCGCGGAUGCGUUUUAUACAGGACCUCUGGCAUCUACAUGGAUUAAUCACAUUCGAGCCACAGGAGGCAACAUGACACUUUCGGAUUUAGCAGAUUACAAAAUCGCAAUCCGCAAACCCGCAGCAAUCAGUUAUCGCAACUUCCACAUUCACAGCUGUAGUGCACCUUCCAGCGGCACAGUAGCCAUGUCCGCGAUGAAAAUUCUCGAAGGAUACCCUUCCAUCGGCUGGUCCAGCACCACCAACCAAAGCACCCAUCUCUUCGACGAAGCCCUGCGUUUCGCCUAUGGCCAACGCAGUAAUCUCGGAGAUCCCUCUUUCGUGCCCGGACUAGAAGAAUAUGAACAAGAUAUGCUCUCCCCCGAAACGGUCUCAGCGGUGCGUUCCAAAAUUAAUCCUCGCCGCACGCUGAAUGUCUCGGAUUAUGACCCUUCGGGGUUCGAAUCGUUGGAAACUCCAGGGACGUCAGCGAUUACUGCCGCGGACAAAAAUGGAAUGGCAAUUGCACUCACGACCACCAUCAACCUCCUCUUCGGCUCCAAAGUCCUGAUUCCCGAAACUGGAAUUAUCGCAAAUAACGAAAUGAACGACUUCUCCGUCCCGGGGUCCAGUAAUGCUUUCGGCUACAUCCCCAGUCCAUCAAAUUACAUCCGACCGGGUAAACGUCCCUUGUCGAGUAUCACACCAACGAUAGUCGAACACGCGAAUGGGACAUUAUAUUUCUUGACCUCGGCGGCGGGGGGUUCGAGGAUAAUUACUUCGACGGUGCAACAGUUGUGGAAUGUGUUGGAUCGGAAUCUCACGGCGGCGGAGGCGUUGGCGAAACCGCGUUUGCAUGAUCAGUUGGUGCCGAAUCAGGUGUCGUUUGAGUAUGCGUAUGAUAAUUCUACGGUGGCGUAUUUGCAGAGUUUGGGGCAUAAUGUGACUUGGGUGGCGCCGGGACAGAGUGCCUCGCAUCAGGUCAGGAGGUUGGCGAAUGGGACGUUUGAGGCUGCUGGUGAUCCGAGACAGGUGGAUAGUGCAGGAGUUGCUGUGUGAGGACAUGUGACUUGAAAACGACAUCAGAGAGAGAGGGAAUGCAUGUGUGCACAUACAUAGAGACGUGUUCUACGAACACCAUUCAUGACAAAAGUAGACAGACAUGAAUAGAAGAAGAGGAGAUACGGC